AUGUUAGCCCUCCUAUUCUCACUUGUGGCAUGCGAGGAUUCCGAUGAGCUCGUACCCCUUAAAAUAUCAAUGGCUGGAAAGGUAGCAAUUCCAACUGCUUCCCUUAUCUUUUUAACGAUAUUUUCGAUAGCAUUAUAUUUUCUUGCAGGAAGGCACCUUGCUGAUGAUGUUCCCCUUGAUAAAGUAAUGAUAAUGGAAGAUUCUAACUCAGAAAGUAUUAAUAACGAAAGCGAAGAUGAAGAAUCGCAUCCUGAAGCUGAACCAGUUAUACUUGAUGAACUUUAA